UUAUGGGUAUAGGUUAAAGGGACUGUAAUCAUUUUAUGAUUAUAAUAAAUAAACUUUACGUAAUAAGAUUUCUUCAUAUUAAAGCUGGCGCUACUGAAAUGCAAUUGUAAUUUGCUUGUAAAAAAAUAAAAUGACUACACGAAAGCCAGUUUCUUGGUUUAUAACUGAGAAAGGUCGUAAUUUUUCGUUUGCAAUCGUUACCGGCACUGGGAUUGCAUUAAGCUGUGCAAGAUUUUUGCCACAAACCUUUUUCCUCGAAAAUUACAAAGAAUUUGUACAUUAUUACAAAGAUGGUCAGCAAGUUGGAAUUGCAAAAGAACUUUCAUCACGCUAUGAUAAGUGCCUCGAAAUUCUAAAAUUGACAGAUACACACAGAAAACUUAUCCAACCCUUUAGUGUUUUUGGUUUUGAUUUAUUUCAUGCAGGGAGUACAAGUUCAAGAUUUGGGGUAGCUAUUGGAAUCCCUGUCAACUUUGCUUACACUUCUAUAGAUGACAUUAAAAAAGACAGUAUUCAGGUCAAUCAAAAAAAUAUUAAUUGGGAGUCUGAAGUUGGAAAAAAGCUAGCAAAUGCGCUCAUUCUUCCAGAUAAGGUACAAGAAUUCGCUAUUUGCAGAGAAAUUUUAAUGACCAAUAAUAACAAAGUGGUGUAUGAAUCAUGCUAUCCAUUUAUGUCCAUAUUUUUUGUUUACAACCUUUGCCAAUAUUUGAAUAAAAAACUCAAUUUGUAUGCAGCCCAUCCUGUGGUUAGAACUACCAUGUAUAGUAUUGUAGGUUUAUUCGGCAUUGGAACCUAUUUCCUAAUGAAGGAUUUAACAGAAGUACAUUAUGAGACAAAUGUUGACCAAAAAUUGUGUGAACUUGACCCUGAAUAUGUUGAAAGUGGAGUUAUAUUCUAUGAGAAACUCCUACAGCGAAAUCAAGCACUAAGAGAACUGAUGGGAAGAGAAGGGGAACGAAAAUACACUAAAAUGGGUAAUGAAAAUUAUGGCAUAAGACAGCCUCAUGUAGCAUUGAUACAUAGAAAACAAUUUUUUGAAGAGAAACUAAAAGAAAAGGCAGCUCCUGAAGAUCUAGAGAAGCCAGAAGAAUAAAGUUUAACUAGUCUGUUAUUUAGCAAUAAAUAUAAAGUAAAAAAAAUAUGACUUGUAUCAAAAAAUUAGAAAAAGAUUUAUAGAUUAAA